UGUGCUCUUCCCCACCAUCGCAGUGACUAGCAUCUACUUAGACUUGAGGCGUACAGCUCGUUGGAAGCGCCAACUUGCCGAGCAAGAAAACCAACAAUGAGCCUCUACCACGAUAUAUUUACAUCGCAAAAGCACAUUUGGAAGAUGUACUGGUGGCUCAUACUUCCAUUUGGAGGUUUUUAUAUUGGCCAUCAGAUAGAUCUAAUGGAGACAAAGAGGAUGACAAUGUUCCGGGAUAAAUCUGCUCUCUAUGGCAGAGAAAUGAAGCCUGGAGAGCCACCUUCUUGGCCGUAUUAAUUCUACGCUUGUUAUAUGCUGUUAAAUUUGACGAGUUGCAGAGCCAGUUAGUUCUGUGUGAGUUAACGAAUAAAUAUACUCCAACAUGUAAACCAUGAAAGUUAUGAAUAUAUAUAGCUAAUACACGUGUCUAAGUAACAA